CAAGAAUCAGAGGGUAAAUUAAGAGGAGUGGUUGUGGCGCGCAAGGCUCCUAAAAUCUCCCAUUUGUUCUUUGGUGAUGACACUUACUUAUUUUUCAGAGCAAAUAGAGAGGAGGCUUAAGGUGUUAAGCUGAUGUUGAGCCAGUACAAAAGGAUCUCAGGCCAGAGGAUAAAUUAUGUGAAAUCUAGUGCUUCUUUUAGCGCGAAUGUUGUGACCGCUACUAGAGAGGAGUUGGGCAACUUAUUGAGUGUCAAUCAAUUUGUUCCGAUGGUAAGUAUCUGGGGUUGCCAGAGAUGGUGGGCAGGAAGAAGGAUAUAUUGAGUUAUUUAAAGGAAAUAAUUCUUAAAAGUUUACACUGUUGGAGUAAUCGGUUUCUAUCGAGGGUGGGAAGAGAUAUUAUUGAAGACGGUUAUCCGAGCUAUGUCUACCUACGCUAUGAAUGUUUUUCUACUACUGGAUGAUCUUAUCAAUGAAAUAGAAAGAAUCAUGAAUGACUAUUGGUGGAGAGGGAAUGACUUCUGUGGAAGAGGGAUGCGGUGGAAGAACUGGAAAUUCUUAUGUGUCCCAAAAGCUCUAAGCGUCUGAAGGAGUUUAAUAUAGCUAUGUUAGGAAAACAAGGUUGGAAGCUGACAAGGGAUCCUAAUUCCUUGGUAGGUCGAGUUCUAAAGGCCAAAUACUUUCACACGAGUUUCUUUCUGGAGGCGAAAUUAGGGAGUACGCCUUCGUUUGUCUGGCGAAGCUUACUAGCGGCCCAGGAUGUGCUGGCAGUGGGGUGUAGGCGAAGGGUGGGUAAUGGUAGGUCUAUUUCUAUCUGGAAAGAGGCUUGGCUUCCAGGAAAGGGGUUGGGCAGGGUUUGUUCAAUCAAACCGCAUGGGAUUGCAGAUAUGAACGUGGCAUCUUUGUUAAAUGAAGAUAGGAAGAGCUGAAAUAUCCAGCGAAUUAACUCAAUUUUCAACGCGAAAGAAGCACUAUUAAUUUGUAGUAUUACUUUGAGUUUUAAUUCGGUUGAGGAUGGGUUCCGAUGGAGUGAAGACUCUAAAGGCCAGUAUACAGUUCGUAGUUGUUACAGGAAAUUGGUAGGUGAUUUUCAGCUAAAUGUUUGGUUAGGGUGGACUGUAGCGUGGCGGCUUCAAAUACCUCCUAAGGUGAAAAUCUUUGUCUGGCAGCUUGCAAAUGAUUUACUACCUACAGGGGAGUUUUUGAAAAGAAGGCAUAUCAAAGUGGUGGGGAGCUGUCCUAUCUGCAGGGCUGAGGAAGAGACGUUGUUUCAUCUGUUCUUGAAGUGCCAAGUAACUAAAUCAGUCUGGGAGGAAGCUGGAUUUUAUUCGCUGCUGCAGGUGGACUCCUUUGUUGAUUGGCUAAAACUGGUUUUUAAUAGGUUAGCUAAUGAUGGGAUAUGUAAAAUUGUGAUGCUCUUGUGGAGCAUUUGGAAGUCUAGAUAUGAACCUACGUUGAGGAAUGGGACCUUCUCUCCUACAGGUGUUAAGAGGGUAGCAGCAGCUCUUCUGUCAAGUUGGAGAGCAGCUCAUGAAGAGGGUAAUUCCUUGGUGUUUCCUGGGGUACGGUAGGGGGGACUCAAGUGGAAGCGACCAGAGAUAAACCAAGUCAAGAUCAACCGCGACGCAGCUCAUAAUCCGAGGGAUGGGCUAUGGUCGUGGGGCUGGGUCAGCCGGAAUAGCUGAGGCUUGGGGAGUAAGGGAAGCUAUAUUCUGGGCUUGUGGGAAUCGGUGGACAAAUUUGGUGAUUGAGACAGAUGCAGGGUUGACAAUAGCUGGGAUCCAAGAUUCGAAUCCGUCUUCAAGUCCUAGUCUAACACGAGAAGCUUGGUUGUAGAGGGAAUCGAUGCAAAAGGAUGAGAUAGUCGAUUUCCACCGCUUGAUUUGAGGUAGUAGUCUAUUUCGAUUUUAUGUGUAGGGUUUUAUUUGUUUAGAAUUUCUGAUUUUUUGUAUAUAAUGUGUGGUAUGACAUUGAAUAGUUAAGUAUUUUGUGUUAUUGUAAAAUUAAAGAAUGUAGUGUUAGUUAUUGAUAUUUUAGUUCAAUCAUUCUAUUUCACAUUUAUGCUCAUAACGUGCUUGUUAAAAUGACACAAUGAAUCUUUGGUUUAAAUUCAAGACUUUUACUCCCCUGUUUUGUUAAUUAGUUGACUCAAUGAAUUUUUUGUUUAAAUCCAAGACUUUUACUCUCCUUAUUUGUUAACUAGCUCAAGAUCAUAAUUUUCUCGUUUUCCAAUUUAAAUAAUUAUGUAAGUAUUUGUAUUGACUAUUUUAUUUGAUUGUUAUGCGUUUUGUAGUAGUAAUUAACAAGUAAUAUUUGUCAAAAAGGAGCUAGAUUUAUAUAUUUCUAAGUAUUAGUUUGUACUUGCUAAAUUGCUUCAUAAAGGAGCUGCAUGUUAAAUUAUUGGACUUAUACUACAUGUAAUAUUCACAGUAUAUUAUUUAUCGGGUUUAAUUGUAUGUUAUAUGCUAUCUUAUAUUUAGGCCCAAAAAUUAGUGGUCCUAUGGAUAUUAAUUUAAGUGGGCUAAUAAGUUAUCUAAUAAGGUAUAGGGCCCAAAUGUGUAGAGACCCAUGGGCUUGACCUAAUCAAUGAUGAGCUGAUUAGGGUUAAGCACUCUCUAUAAAUAAGGGGUUAUGGUCUCUAGUUGAACACGUCAUUCCGUCUUUCUGCAUCUCAUCGCUAGAAAGAUAAUCCCGAGGGUGUGUAUCAACUAGAAGACGCAAACCCUAGCCUCCGUCUCCCGGAUCUCUAAAGGUGAUCUCCCAUGGAGUCAGGUACGCUUCUGCUCAGUUAAUUCUCUAGAUAAUUUCAAUAUGAAGAUUAAAGUAUUCAUAGAUUUAUUCCAACAAUUGGUAUCAAAGCCUCCUUCAUAUUGAAUUAUUUGGAGCUAGUAUUAUCUACCGAUUUAUUGAAAUAAGGGUAAUGCGAUUUUGCUUUUAUGCAAUUCGUUCCUGAUAUAUUCACAUAUCAGAUCGGUAGUUAAUCAUUAAGCAAAACGAUUGGAUUUUGCUAAUCUGACGAUCGAUUAGCUCUAUAUUGAAUGUUGUGGUUUGUUGUAUUAUUUAUUUCGGUCGGCACUCAAUUGAUUCAAAGCGUGUAAUUUCUUUUUUCUUCUCGUUGCCGAUCUUGUAGUGCCGUAUAGUUAAUCUUUUGUAUUUUGUUUGAUUGGACUAGUCAAUCUUAAUAUUGAUGAAUUUUUUGAAAGGUGCAUGAUUCAGUAGCUAAUUUCUCAUAUUCAUUUUGAUUUUGAAAAAAAAAAAAAAUGCUAUAGGUACCCCAAUCCUACCCCAACUUGUACCCCAUAUAAAAGCCUUCAUAUUUUUACCAUUUUUUUACCCCUUCAAACAUCUCUCAUCCCACACUCUUUUUCUUUUUCCCAUCCGUCCCUUGCCAUUCUCUCACCCCCAUUCCCAUUUUUUCUCCUCUUUUCAUUUCAAGAGCUCUCAUCUCCAUUUUUGAAGGUUUCAAGAUCUCCCCAUCUAGUUGUCUCUAAGGUAACCAUCCCUUCUCAAAUAAUGAGGUACGUACUCUAUUUUCGUUUUUCCAACGCCUCAAUCAUUCCCCUCUCCUCAACGCUCGCCGAUCCGAAAUCCUCCAUAAAUUAAAGCACGGCCCGACGCCCCAGAUCUCUGGCGGUAGAGGCCGGGGGAAGCCCCAUCCGUCAUGUGAGGCACUGUUUUGUCAUUUUGCUAUUUUUUCCUCAUUUGUUGGUAUUUUUUCGUCCAACUCCACGUGAAAAAGAGUUGCCUGUCUGACAGACAAAUUUGAAGUGCAAUGUCUGUCUAGCUGAGCAUGGUUUCAUAAUUGGUAGUCUUACAUAAGAUGUCUGUCCGGACAGACAAAUUUAUUUGUUUGAGUACAUAGAACAACUUUAUGCAUGCACAUCUUCUUAUUUUACAAAUGAAUUUUAUAUUACGUGUGAUGACUUUUGUGAUGUCUCUCUUCGGAUGUUGAAAAUUGGUUUGUAGUUGUCUGUGAAGUGAAAAGAGUUGUCUGGCAUUCCAUUUGAUUUGUCUAUAAUGUGAAAUGAAUUCUUUAAAAUUAAUUUGUAGUUGUCUGUAUGUGAAAAGUGUUGUCUGGCAUUCCAUUUGAGUUGUAUGUAAUGUGAAAAUAGUCUGUCUGUCUACAUAUGUAUUGCAACAAAUUGUCUGUAAUGUGAUAUAAAAUGUCUGGCAUUUAUUCUGAGUUGUCUGUCUACAGGUCGGGAGAAUGUGGAGUGAUGGUGGCUUCCUUUACAGAGCAACUGUUAAUGGGAAAGUCAUUGAUUCCAGGUUGCGAGUAUGCAAACAUGUUGAACAAGGUGGAGGAAGCAUAGGAAUUGUUAUUAAUGUGGGAAUGUAUUUUUGUGGGUUGUUUUGAUGAGUUUAGUAAAACUGUAUUUUAUAGUACAUUUUGAUGAGUUUAGUAAUUGUUAAUGUGGUUAUAUAAAAGUGUUCGGAGAUAUGAUUGUAUUUGUUAAUGUACAAAUGAAUUUGGUGAAAACCAAACAUGUAUAAAUUGUCUGUGUUGGUAUGGAGUUCCC